AUGCAACUUUUCCCUUUCUACAAUAGGCGAAGAUUUCGGGAACGAACUCCAAAGUGUUUAUCAUUCUCAUUGGCCACUUCAGUUCUCCUCGAUUACAAUCGCUGUGUGGUGACUGGAGAGCCUCUAAUCGCUGCGGCUGUCGUCGCCAACAACUCACGGCCGGCGCCUGGCAACGUAUCAAGUCAGGUGAACACCUCAACGACAUUACUACUUCCAGCCGGAAAUCACCCUCGUAGUCCAAUAGACAGCGCGGAAUUGACCCUCGAUCGAGAGGUGCCAGCCCCAUAUUUCAUGCGACAGCCAUCGUCCAGUGGAUCGCCACAGUAUGUGAAUAUUCAUAAACACCUGGCCACAUUGACUACUCGAUUCCGCAGUAUCGACGACACGUCGUAUAACGGAAUAUCGCUCUAA